GGAAAUACGUACCAAUGCGAAGGCGCCCAAACCUCUUGGUCAGCGGUUGUUCUCCUUCAAGCUCAUCGUCAGCUCGACGUUUCUGCCCAUGAAGCUCAGCUCUCCCCACAGCCGCCAUCCGUGCGCCAUCAAUUCGCUAACGGAUCGCCUCCCAAUCAAAAAUUUUUAAUCCUCUCCAGGGUCUCUUUCUCCCUUGUUCUGAUCGGAUGCAAAGUGCAAGAAUAGCACCACACCAAAUUCAUUGCUUUCUAUGUCGGUUUGAAUGUUGAGUGGGAGGAGUUCUUUGGGUGUGUUGGCGAAUCGGCGCGCCGCCGGUUCGACUCGAAAGUUCUUCUCGCCAUCGACGACUUUCCACCCCGCCGCCGCCGCCAUCGCCAUCCCUCUCUCUUCUCGCAACAAAUUCGUCCCUCUCCGCCCAUACCCCUUCACGCUGCUCAAAAUGGCGUCCUCUACCUCCACUCCAUCGCAAAAUGAAGUAGAAUGGCCUGCCAUCAAAGUUCGUGAUACAUUUCUCGAUUUCUUCAAGAAAAAUGGCCAUACGUUUGUGCCGUCGUCAUCGGUCGUUCCACUAUCGGAUCCUACCUUGCUCUUUGCGAAUGCGGGAAUGAAUCAAUAUAAAUCCAUAUUCCUAGGCACGGUUGAUCCAAAUUCGGAUUUCGCGCAGUUGAAACGUGCACAUAACUCUCAGAAGUGUAUACGCGCUGGCGGAAAGCACAAUGACCUUGAUGAUGUUGGGAAAGACAGCUAUCACCACACUUUCUUCGAGAUGUUGGGCAACUGGAGUUUUGGCGACUACUUCAAGAAAGAAGCCAUCGAAUACUCAUGGGAGCUUCUCACCAAGGUUUAUGGCCUGGAGCCAGACCGUCUAUACGUGACGUAUUUUGAAGGUAACAAGGAUGCCGGUAUCGAACCCGACUUGGAAACGAAAGAUUUGUGGCUAUCGGUCGGCGUGAAAGAGGAUCACAUCUUGUCCGGAAAUAUGAAGGAUAACUUCUGGGAGAUGGGAGACCAGGGACCAUGCGGACCGUGCAGCGAAGUCCAUUACGACAGAAUUGGUGGUCGUAACGCUGCCCAUCUCGUCAACAUGGAUGAUCCUAAUGUUCUGGAAAUUUGGAAUAACGUUUUCAUACAAUAUAACCGCGAGUCUGAAUCGAUCCUUCGCCCUCUUCCCAAUAAGCACGUUGAUACUGGUAUGGGAUACGAGCGAUUAGUGUCUGUCCUACAAAAGAAGUAUUCAAACUACGAUACAGAUGUUUUCACGCCGCUUUUCGAUGCUAUUCGCGAAAUUACUGGAGUUCGCCCAUACUCUGGGAAAUUUGGCGAAGAGGACGUCGAUGGGAUUGAUACGGCUUACCGAGUAGUCGCUGAUCAUGUCAGGACCCUGACUUUUGCGAUUUCGGACGGAGCUCCCCCGAAUAACGAAGGUCGUGGCUAUGUUGUUCGGCGUGUGUUGCGACGAGGCGCUCGUUACGCCAGAAAAUAUUUGAAAGUCGAAAUCGGAAAUUUCUUCUCCAAGAUUGUCCCAACCCUGGUGGAUCAGAUGGGCGGCAUGUUCCCAGAAAUCAAGAAGAAGCAGACUGAUGUGAUGGAAAUUUUGGACGAAGAAGAAAUAUCUUUUGCCAAAACGCUCGACCGUGGAGAACGUCAGUUCGAAAUUUAUGCCCAACAGGCCAAAGAUUCCGGCUCUAAUAAACUACACGGAGCGGAUGUGUGGCGACUUUAUGACACCUUUGGGUUCCCCGUGGAUCUCACUCAGUUGAUGGCCGAAGAACGAGGACUCAGCAUUGAUAACGUUGAAUUUGAAGAGGCGAGAUUGAAAGCCAAGGAGGCCAGCAAGGGCCAGGCUAAAGCGGCGUCUGAUUUACUGAAACUCUCUGUGCACGAUCUCAGUAAACUUGAAAAGGAUAAGGUUCCAAAAACAAAUGACGACGCAAAAUUCGGCAGAGGAAACAUAUUAUCGCAGAUUGUUGCCAUCUACCAUGACAAGGAGUUUGUCGAUUCCACGAGCGGCAUCCCAGAAGGUGAUCAAAUUGGUAUAAUACUUGAUAAGACCAACUUCUAUGCCGAGCAAGGUGGUCAAGAGUAUGAUACUGGGAAGAUUAUCAUUGACGGAAAGGCAGAGUUGGAUGUCAGAAACGUUCAAAUGUACGGUGGUUAUGUCUUUCACACAGGUUUCAUUAAGUACGGCGAUUUGUCUGUGGGCGACUCCGUUAUUUCCGAAUACGAUGAGCUCAGGCGGUGGCCUAUCCGCAACAACCACACUGGCACUCACAUUCUUAACUUUGCGCUUCGGGAGGUUCUUGGAAAUGGAAUUGACCAGAAAGGUUCCCUUGUUGCCGCGGAAAAGCUGCGCUUUGACUUCUCUCACAAAUCUGGCGUAUCUGACAGCGAUCUUGAAAAAAUUGAAGAGAAGUGCACGGAAUACAUUCGGCAAAAUUGUGCGGUAUAUUCCAAAGACGUUCCUCUCUCUGUCGCUCGUGAGAUUACUGGAGUACGUGCCGUCUUCGGUGAAACUUAUCCGGAUCCUGUUCGUGUUGUGUCCGUUGGAGUGGAACUGGAGGAAAUUCUCAAGGACGUUAAAGAUCCCCGAUGGAAAGGAGUCAGUAUUGAAUUCUGCGGUGGGACGCAUGUUCAAAAAACUGGUGACAUCAAGGACCUCGUAAUCCUCGAGGAAGGUGGUAUCGCUAAAGGUAUUCGGAGAAUCAUCGCAGUUACGGGUGAAGAUGCCCAUGAAGUGCAACGCAUCGCAAAGGAAUUUGGUGAUCGCCUUAAUAGAUUCGAGAAGAUGGAAAUUGGACCCAAAAAGGAACAAGAAGCCAAACUUAUCCAGGCUGAUUUGAAUCAACUCUCCAUUUCGGCGGUCGAGAAAGCCAGGUUCCGUGAACAGUUCGCCCGGAUCCACAAGCAAGUCCUCGAAGCACAAAAGGCUCUGCAAAAGCAAGAGAUUAAAGCAGCGCUGGACGCUAUCAAUUCACACUUUGAAAAACCUGAGAAUAAAGAUAGCUCCCACCUCAUUGUCCGCUUGCCCACCUCUGCCAACGCGAAGGCUAUCAGCGAGUCUAUCAACCAUGCCAAGUCAAAGCUGAAGGACAAAUCGAUCUAUGUCUUUGCCGCGGAUGCCGAGCAGGGACGCGUUGCUCAUGGAUGCUACGUUUCAUCGUCCUUAAGUGCCCAAGGUGCUUCCGCGAGCAAUUGGUCCGGCGUUGUCUCUGGCAUCGUCGGUGGAAAGGCUGGUGGCAAAGCGCCCACAUCUAUCGGCAAUGGCACAGAGGUUGAUAGGGUCGACGAAGCAAUCGAAGCUGCUACUAAGUACCUGGAACAGUUUCAACUGUGAUUUAUGUUCUUUUAAAGGUUGGCCUUAGUUUUACGCCUUCAUUCAGUCUUCCGUUUCCGAGUCAGCAUCGGAUAUAAAUUCCCUUUUUAGCUAAUCUGGAUGGUGUUGUUUUGGGUGGUUUCCUCUGCGAGUGCGUUGUUGGAGGAUCAAUAGAGUAAGGGAUUUUUUUGGUCAAAUAACUGGAAGAGAAUCUUCCUAUAAAUUACAUCAAGUCUCUCAAUCUACG